AAAGACGUUGAUUCAAAGUUUUGGGCGACGUACGACAAGGUUUCGACGGAAUAUGACGCUGACUUCCUUGAGCGUGCGAAUGGCGAUAUGGGCAUCAUCUUGACUUUUGCUGGCUUAUUCUCAGCCGUCAACUCUACUUUCAUAAUCGGAAUGCAGCCUAACCCGGGAGAGACCACCAACAUGCUCCUGCUCCACCUGAUCCAAAUGACAGCUAACGGCACAAGCGCUGUAAAUGAUAUCAGCAAUCUUUCCUCGUCCACGGGGUAUCCUCCUUCGACUAUCUGGACGCAAACACUCGCCUAUGCCAGUCUCUCAUUUAGCGUUUUGGCCGCGUUUGGGGCUGUGAUGGGAAAGCAAUGG